GCCGCGCAGAAUGAUGCCAUCUCACAGCGGCAUCGGCGGCUCCCGCACAACAGCCCUCCUCCCGCCCCUCCCGGCACCGCUCCCGCUGCCGCUCCCGCUGCUCCCGCCCGGCGCCCCCGACGGCCGGGCCAGCCUCGUGCGCGCUACCGGGGCACGGGCAGCAGGAACUUGUGGAGCUGGAGCCGGAGCCGCUGGAGCCGCCCCGGCGGGAGGGCCCAGUCGGGACCGAGCAGUGCGCAGCGGCGGUGGGAGGGAAGAGGCGAGCCUGAACCGAGGCUCUUCAAAGGGGACAGGGCUUAUUCCUAGCGCCUGCCCCGGGCUGAACCAAGUCGGGCGCCGCGGCGGGGAGAAGAGCCGAGAGCACGGAAUCGACCUCGGGAGAGGCGGGGCCGGGCUGCAGCCCCGGGGCACGGUCCGCGGGACAGAGCCUGCUGGGGCAGGAUAAGCGGGGCUCCUGCAAGUCGCUGUCCCCCAACAAGGCUCCUCUGCGGCGCGGAGAGCCAGCACACCCCGCUGCGGUGCGGGCGAUAAAGGCGGGGGGUGUCUCCUCCACCCGCCUCCCGCCCUCCCUUCCCGGCCGUGCAGGCAGGGCGGGAUCCUGUGCCCCGCCGGGAGCCUCUGCCGCCGCCGUGACAGGAGCCCCUGCCCGUGAUCCCCCUGGCUGCUGCCCGUCCUCCACCGCCGAGCCUCCUCUGCCUCUCUGAGUAGCGCAGCCCUUCCCGUUGUGGGGCGGACGGAUGUGGGCAGGGAGAGCAGCUCCGCGCAGCCCCCGGCAGCGGCGCAGAGCGGCCCCGCUGCGGAGCCAGACACCGCCCGCCCGCCCGGCGACACCUCCGGGAGCCCCGGCACGGGCCCGAGGCCGGCUCUGUCCUGGCAGGAGCCACAGGCCUCCCCUGCGGAUUUACAAACCCAAAAGUGGUUAUAUGCGCAAGUGUGUGGAGCUGAAGUUGUGUCUUACAUUGAAGACCAAUGAAGCUUUGUCUUCGUACCGUACAACAUAACGCUGUGGAGGCAGUGAUAGCAUGAACUUUCGGGCAUAAACAAGGCCUUUGAGUGGUUGUCCCAGAAAGUCCAGCGCUACUGUUAAUUGAAAAGAACAAAAGCUUACAGUAUGAGACCCUGAAGCAACUUUCAGCAACGUCUGGUAUUUCAUUAUUCUUAAAAAACAACAUGGGGGCCAGCAAUCUGAUUUGGGCAUGUAAAUUCCUUCAGAAAAUAAAAGGAAUGCUCUCAAAAAUGCUACUUUCCAACCUAUUCAUUCUUCUUAGAAAAUCUGUAGGAAAACAAAGUUUCCAAAUAGAGUUUGGGAAGGAAACAGUAUUUACAGUUAGGCUUUAAAAGUAUCUUAGAGUAUUCUAGAAUAAAAAAAAAUACUAAUAUUCUCUUGACUGAUGGUAAUACUAGUACAAGCAACUGAAAACUGUGAUGGUUUGAGCUUCUGUACACAGCAAAUGUAACAGAAUAUAUGGGCUCUACACUCAAAAUCUGGCAUGGACAGUAAGAUGAGCUGUAUGCAGUUAGCAACCUAGUUGCUAAUUGCACGGUAACCAAGUUAAUCCAUGUGAUUUACAGAAUUCAGCAUAUACUAUUUUCUCACAACUACUAAAACUUACAUUCAAAGAAAACUAGAGUCCCUCUUUUGUUCUAAGAUUGUCCAAAAUUAGGAACUUGCUUACACAAAUAAUCACUUUUACAAUAUUUUGGUAGCAUUUCGAGAGUGAGGUAAUAAGCUCUAUCUUGCUUUCCUGGCUGUUUGUUUUUCUAGUGUAAAGCAAUCUAA